AUGAAAUCUAAUGAAAGUUUAAUAGACGAUAAUGAAUUUGAUAAAAAUAUUAAAGAAUUUGAAGAAGUAUGUAAAGAUUUAGAUUUCACUUGGGCUAUUUAUGACAGAAAUAAAAAAGAGUUAGAAGAUAAAAAAAUUAUGAAAGAUAUUAAUGUCUUAACUAAGAUCAUGAAUGAUAUGAAUGGUUCUCUUAGUGAACAGAUGGAAGAAAUAGCACAAUUAUCAGAAGUGGUUGAUCGAUCUAUGAGGCGAACCACCUCUAUUGAUUCCACAUUAAUCGAAGCCUAUAGAGAGCUCAAAAUAAAUCCACAGAAAUUUGGUACAAAUAAAAUUACUAUAAAUAAUCAACAAGAUGCACAAUUAGGGCAAAGCUAUUUAGGCUCAUUGAAUUCUCUUAAUAAUAAAACAGAAAACAUAAAUCCAAACAAACAUCUUGAUAAUGAUACAUGUCAAAACAAUAAUAUUACCAGUGACCCAAAUAAAGAUGAGUCGAUAUUUAUAUCCAAAUGUGACAAUGCUGACAUGCAUGUUGGCGAUAAUAUAGAUAAUCAAGAUAAAUCUAACGACGAUUCACAUCCAAAAAAUAAUACAAAUAAUGAUUCAAAUAAUCGAGAGUCGGCAUUUAUAUCAAAAUAUGAUAACGCAGACAAGCAUCUUGAAGGUGCUUUUAUAACAUAUUUAAACAAUCAAAACGAAUCUAAUAACGAUACACGACAAAAAGAUAAUGUAACCAAUGGUUCAAAUAGAGGAUUGAAGUUUACGCAAUUACCAUGUAGAGACAUGAGCGUAAUCAAUCAUAUGAUAAUUGAUAAAAUGAGAUUAAAGAAUAAUCUGUUUUAUGGGUCUAUUGUGAAAGGCUAUCUAAAACCAACGGUGAUGAUGAAGUAUAUUUCAAAAGAAUCUCUAAAAAAUAAAGAAAAGUUCGAAGAACAACACACAAAAACAAUUCUUAUUGAUAAAGAAAAAGCACAAAUAUCUAAUCCAUUAUUUCUUGAGCUAAAUAAAGACGAAUCACUCAUAUUACAAAAAAUAGCAUUUCUGGCUCCAGAAGUCCUUAAAGAUUUAUCUCGAGAAUUUACAUCGGCAUCUGAUAUUUGCGCCUUUGGAGUUAUCAUGUGGUCUAUGUCAAGUGGGAAGCCUCCAUUUGAGAAUGAUACCGAUCAAAUUAAUCUGAUUUACAAAAUUUUGUCUGAGAAUAUGCGCGAAACGCCUGUUAUUGAUACUCCCGUAAAAUACCUCGACUUAUACAAUAAAUGCUGGGAACAAAAUCUAUGGAGUCGACCAACGAUACAGGAAACUUGUGAUCAGCUUGAGAUUAUUUUACAGGGUGAUACAAGAAUUUCGGAAUUUGUAAAAAUCUUAAUCGAUCCUGAUACACCAGCAAGCAGAAAUUACUUCAAGGAUAUGAGGGCAAGAAAUGCAUAUGCCUUAAGGAUACCAUAUAGUAUCUCACCUUUGAAUACUUUAG